AUGAGCGACGACGAGAAGAAUAUACCAACGAGCUCGUCCUUCGACGAUGAUCUCACGCUCCCAAAAGCAACUGCAGAGAAGCUGAUAAAGGACAUGCUCCCUCCAGAACUCACAGUGGCCAAAGAAACAAGAGACUUGCUUAUCGAAUGCUGUGUCGAAUUCAUACACCUCGUCUCCUCGGAAGCCAACGAGGCGUGCGAGCAGGAUAGCAAGAAGACCAUCUCCCCAGAACACGUCGUCGCAGCUCUCAAAACACUCGGCUUCGAGACCUACCUGAAAGACAUGGAGGAGGUUCUCAAGGAUCACAAGGCACAGGCUAAGGUCAAGUCCGCCUGGGAUAAGGAGAGGAAGGGCUCUAGGCUCGCAGCAUCUGGAAUGACCGAGGAGCAGCUACUCGCACAACAGGAGGAGCUCUUUGCCGCUUCCAAGGCGCGUAUGGAGGCCAGCACGCAGCAGAGUGAGUAG